AUGUUUGAAUUUAAUAAUUGCUAAGAUAUCUAAGUUUAAAAUUUUUAUCUAAAUAAUAUAAAAUUUAAUUUAGGCAGUAUAUUUUCUUUUACAAAAUCAAAUAACCUAUUAUUAAAUGGAUUGGUAGCUAAAUAAAUUAUUAAAUAUUUAAAUCCACCUCAUAAUAGAAAUCUAUAAUUAUAACUAAAUUAGACUUCAUAAUUAAAUAACUUUGGGUCUAACACAACUGCAUUGUUUAUUUUCUUAGGAUGUUAAAAUAUCAUCUUUUAGAAUAGCAACCUUGAAAAUUUGUAAGAUGUGCAUUUGAUUUAUGCAAACCAUUAUUAUAAUGAUAAGAUACAGAUGUAUUUUUUAAAUAAUAUUGAAAUCAUAUUAUUUAAUGUUUUAAGCUUUUAAUCUUCUGACAAUAGUAUUGACCAAAUAAUACAAAUAACGACCAUUUAAGCUUCACUGUAAAAUAUCUACUUUAAAACAAUUCAGCAUAUCAAUUCUUUGAUAUAUUUGAAUCCUUUAGAAAAAGUAUAAAUUGAAGUAUCAAAUUUUGAGAAUAUUAAUUUAAAUGAAGGAAGUGUUAUUGAUUUGUAAUAAGGAUAACUUUUAAUAGAUUAUACUAACUUUACUAAUAUAAAUUCUGCAGGUUAUCCAUGCGCAUUAAAUAUCUUGUAAGGAGAAACUAUCUAGAUAACAAAUAGCAAAUUUAUUAAUUUAGCAAAUUCAAUAAAAUAAUAAGAUUUAGAAAACUAGCUAUUGCAGUUUUAAGGUGGUGCUAUAAAGUUUUAGAACACAUAAACUGCUCAAAUUAAAUUUUCUAUAUUCAAAAAUUGUUUAGCUAUGGGAUCAGGGGGAGCUAUUUAUUCAUAUUAAUCAAAAUAAAAAGCAAUAUUUGAGAUUUAUAUGACAUAGUUUAUUGAAAAUUAAUCUAUUUUAGAUUCUGGUGGUGCUCUUUAUUUUUUGCAGUAAAGUGGAAUUAAUAUAACUUAGAGUAAUUUUACAAGUAAUUUGGCAUUAAAAUAGAACGGAGGUGCUAUAUAUUUUCAAUUUUCUUCUCUAAUUGACUUUUAAGAAACUAAUUUCUCACUAAACCAAGCAGAUAUUGGAGGAUCAAUUUAUUAUUCUGCUACCAGCUCAGAUUUUUUGAAAAAAUAAAUACUAUCAAAAAAUAAAAUUUAUUUUGAAAAAAAUUAAGCUACAUUUUAUGGUCAAAAUAUUGGUUCAAUCCCAUUUUGGAUAGGAAUCUCUGAAAAACCUAGUUUACAAUAACUUAAAAUAGUUAAUUAAUAUUAAAUUAGAAACAUUUCUAGUGGAAAUUACUUGGAUUAGCCACUGUAUUUAAAUUUUAUAGAUGAAGAAGGAAAUCCUUUUAAUUUUUUUGGUCCUUCAAGCUUAAAUGGUGUAAGGAAUGACUUUUCUUUAUAGCUAUAUUCCUAAAAUAAUAGUUAAAUUAUUAUUCAGUAAGGAAUAAAUGCAUAAUUAAAUGAAACAAUUGGCUUAUUUUAAUUAAAUUUUUAAUCUAUUUACAAAAUUUCAUAAAAAUAGAAAAUAUAUAUUUUAUCUAACGAAAUAUAAUAAAAUAAGCAGCUUUAAGUAGCUCUUGAAUUAUAAUAUAGAGAUUGUAUAAAAGGAGAAACUAUUUCAGAAAAAGAUUAAUUUAUAUAGUGUAACCAAUGCGUCUAGGGUAGAUAUUCUUUAAAAAUUCCUGAUAUGUAAAAAGAUAUUAAUAGCUUACAGUGCUUUUCUUGCCCAUCAGAAGCUAGUUUCUGUUAAGGAAGCUAAAUUUUACUAAAGGACGGCUAUUGGAGAGAAAAUGAUUCAACAGAUUAAAUUUAUUCAUGUAAUCUAAAUAGUUGUUCUUUUGAAAAUAUAAAAAGCAAGAAUGGUUGUCUAGAGGGAUAUGUUGGACCACUUUGUAACAGUUGUGAUAGCAAAAUCAGUGUUUGGAAUUAUUAAUAUGGAUUGAAUGGUUAAAAUUGCUAUAUCUGUAGUCAGUGGGUACAGUAAUAUUUAUAUUUUAGUGUAUAUUUUGCUGUAUACUUCGUGUAUAUUGCUUACAGUCAUCAUAGCAUGAUAUAAAAUAAAAUAAUUAUGUAUAAACUUAUAAUAUUUAAGAAAAUUGACCUAUUCAUAACAAGUAAGUCUAGUUCUCAAGGAUAAGAUUUUUCGCUUUGGUUUAAAAUAUUUAUUAACUAUUUGUAAAUUCUGUCAUGUAUAAUGUCCUUUAAUAUUACAAUUCCUCACUUUUUUAAUGUCUCCUUGAAUUUAUUUGGAGAUCCAAUAUAAUUAACAGCUACUUCAUUUGAUUGCUUAGUUAAAAUGAGCGAAUAAUAUCCUGUUUGGUUAAAUAGAAUAGUUACUCAAAUAAUUAGUAUGGUUGCUAUAUACUUUUUAAUAAAUUUAUCUCUGAUUCUUAUAACAGUGUAACAAAGUAAGGACAAAAAAAAAGCAAUUGCAAAAAUACCUAACAUCUUAACAAUGACAUUUAUUUUUGUUUAUAUAUUCUACCAGCCUUCUUUAUCAAAAAUGCUGAUUUAGGGAAUUUUUUGCAUAAAAGUAGGAUCUAAAUAUUACUUGAUAUCAGACUACAACCAGUAGUGUUAUACAUACCAUCACAACCUUUACACCUUUGCUAUAACUAUUCCAUUAAUUAUCUUUUGGUGUUUUUUAAUACCAAUAUAUAUUUUUUUCAAAUUAAAAUCAUUCUAGCAAAUAGACCAGCAUCAAAACAUAAAGGGUGAAAAAAUUGAUAACUUGUUAAUAUACGGAAUUUUGUACGAUGGAUAUAAAACUAAAUUUUUAUAUUGGGAAAUUUUCAAAAUUUUCCAUAAAUUUAUCCUCAUGUCAAUAACAAACUUAAACAUUAACUAAUAUAUUUAAGUUUCGAUUAUACUUUUGACAACAAUCUUUUAUUUUUAUAUUCUAACAAAGAAUUAGCCUCAUAAAAAUGUAAAACAGUUUGAAACAGAAAAAAAGCUCAUAUACAAGCUAUUAUACACAUAUGCUUUGCUUUUAGUAGUUAUCAGUGAUAACUCUUAAUAUUAAAUUUACAAGUUAAUAGGGUUAAUUAUCAUAGCAUAUAUAAAUUUAUCAUCAAUCAAAUUAGCGUUUUUUAUAUUAGUUGGAUAAAUAUAAAUUUAAAUUGAUGAAACAGACUCUUUUUAAAACGAUUUCAAGAAAUGCCUCUUAAAAAUUAAAAAUAAAUACCCAAAUAUUUUUAAGUUUUUAUAUUUCAGAAAAAUUAAGAUUAUUCGAAUCCAUUAGUUAUGGAAAAAAGUGAUUCUUUCCUUCAGAUAAAAUUUGCUUACAAGCAAAAACUUUUAAUCAAUUAAGGCUUAAACUUUAGUAUAGCAUACUGAAGCAGCUUAAAAUUAGUAACCAGCCAGCUAAAAUAUAAUCAGAAAUGCUUUGAGUUCAUCAAAUAUGCUUUAUAAUUCUAAUGAUUUUAGAGAAAAUAUUAAUUAAAAGUAGCUAAUUCCAUAAUCUUUAAAAUUGAUACAAAUGUAUAACAUUUCAGGGCUGCCAAGUCAAGAUUCACCAAAUAGUAAGAAACAUUAUUUUGAAGCAAAUAAAUUUACACCCAAAAGCCAAAUAUAAUCAGAGAUAUAAGAAGAUUAAUGA